CUCAACUGAUUCGACGAUAUCCGACGAUAUACUCGUACUACUGUCCAAAUGACUGUCAUUGUAUCAAAGUGACGGAAAAUCUCAGAGUUUACUGUCGAACUGUCCGUAAGAACAGUUUUCCGACUUCCUGUUACAAAGAAAUGCUUAAUCAUUAUCAAUUAAAUAGUUCUCGUUGCCGGUCGGUAUUGUUUAUAUGGCUCAGCUUUAUUGUCACUCCCGUUUUUGGUACCCUUCGGUAUUAUGGAUCAUACCUUUCUUACGGAUCUGGGGAUACGAUAAUAUCGACUUUUCAUGCGCAUCAAGGAAAAAGUGCUACAGAUCGAAAGUGGCAUGUGGAAUGUCUUGAUGGAGAAGCCAUGAUCGGUUUGCAAGAUUGGUUCAAUGACUUCCAGAAAAUUGAAUCCGUUUGGUGCAGAUUUAUUUUUCCAUUCAAACCGCCCACAAACGGAAUGUACCCUUAUUAUCCACAGUGCUUCCCCCGAAACUACACGUCCCAAUUUUUUUGCUUCGAUCCUCAGCAGAUUCAACGCACUGUGAAUUCAUUUAUUACAGGGCUCUGGGACGAUGAUUUCCAGUUUUUUGUGAGCCGAACGAGGCUGGAUGAUACUCAGCUGUAUAAGUGCUGCCGAGUGCCACCGGGAUAUUAUAUUGACUACGUUAGCUGCUACUAUAUGCCGACGCAUGACCAGUACUGGGAAUACUACGAUUCUUUACAACAUGCCAUCGUUUAUUGCGCCAGCGGCUAUGUCAUGACGGGAAUAUCGAAGAAGAUCAAUCCAUUUGAUGAAGAGUACCAUAUAGAAUGGAUUCAGUGCUGCCGCAUUGGUUUUGGUGGAGCUGGUAAAAUGCCUCCUCCAACACGUAUUCAGCGCUCAGUAGACACGGAAGACGAAGACAUCGACCUUCACCAGGACGCACUAGCUACGCUUCGACUUCCAAAGAACUAUUCUGCAUUUUUCAGGCAACCGACCAAUAAACUUUUACCAGAAUCGGACGAAUAUUUAUUUGAUGGUUUUAGCAUAUCACCACGUGUUAUUUUGUAAAGUGUUAGCAUUUCUGUUCGACAGGAUUUUCCUACAUAUUGUUAAUUCGGUAGCAAACUUUCAGUACACUUUACUCCGGAAAGUGUAAAUUUGAAAUGAACUAAGAGACCUGUUGUUUUUUUUAUUUUUUUUAAUAUGAGGCAGAACCUAAGCAUCAGCCGCAGUUCGUUCUGUGAUGAGAGAGUGCAUGAAAAUGCUUCUUGUUUGCUUACAAUUAUGUAAUUCGAACUUUGUCCUUAAAUUGCUGAACC